UGUUUGUAGUUAUGAAUAGCACGCAAAAUGACUUGCCAAGGCUUGAGUAACAAAAAUCCAGGAGUCAGAGCUGAGCAGGAUACAGCACUAGCACCGAGUGUUGGAAACAAAAGAACGUCCAGUUAGAGUGAGAGUGCGAGAGGGAGAGAGAGAGAGAGAGAGAGAGAACAAGAAGAAAAUGCAGGCCAAAAGGAAAGAGCACGAAUCGAAAUGGUUUUUAAAUGUUAUGGGACACGUCAUGUUCACAUCAGUCUUUCUGGUUUCAACAUCAGGGAGAGACCUUGAAGAAUUACCAAAGCCCGAGAAUGUAUCUGUGAAUUCGAUCAACAUGAGGCACAUCCUGAGGUGGAGUUCUGUGAGAGUGCCGCUGGGAGAGGUCAGCUACUCAGUGCAGUUUCAAGGAGAGUUUGAACGAAAUCACAGGAAGACCUGGGUGGCAAUCACAGAGUGCUCCAGCAUCAGGGAAACAUGGUGUGACGUCACGGCAGAUAUAUCGUCAGAUGUUGGCUAUGAUCUGAAGGUUCGGACAGAACUUGGAAAUGUCACUACCGAGUGGCAAAAUCUCAGUAAACUCUUCAAUCGGAAAGAGACCAAUCUGACAGCACCGACAUUGACUGCUGCAGUGAGUGGUGGUCGGGUUACACUGAAUGUCAGUGAAAUAAAGAAGAACAUCAAUGCUAAUAUUUAUUACUGGAAGGAAGGAGUGGAGCAGCAGGUUAUGAAUGUUUCCUUAGACCAAACUCAGAUACCUUACUACCUCUCUGUGGAAAAGGGGGUAGCUUACUGUUUUCAAGCACAACUCUACAUCUUAGAAUACAACAAGUUCAGCUCCUUCAGUGACAUCAUGUGUGAGACGGUCAGUGAUGAUACCAUGUCCAAAGGCAACUCGGUGAAAAUCGUCACAGCGUUACUUCUUGGAGUGUGUUUUCUAGCCGCCUCACUGUUUUGCAUAGGGAGAUUCUGUUGUAGGACUCGGCCUGUAUGGCUUCCCAAAAUUUCAGCCCCUUAUGUUUCAAAUUUUGAAAACCUUCGAGGGGACGUCCUGAAAGAAGACUACAGCCAGGAAAGUUGUGAUACUGUCGAGGUCUGGCAUCAGUCGGAGACUUUGCUCGUUGUACAUGAAUCACCGACUGCACGGGAAAGGGUAAACAGCAGAGAUGGCAAAGAGGGCAGGCCAAUGAACUAUGUUGCAUAUGGAGAAGUUUGUCAAUCCUAAAGGUCAAUGCCGAUUAGAUAUCAGAAAGGAUACCAAUCUCAAAUGAAUUUUGGACAGACUGAUUAAGCCAUGAGGAAAUUACACUGCAGAUGCCUUGCAGGGCCUUUUAUAAGAUGAUCAACAGGUCAUCACUAUGCACAACUGGCUAAAUUGGAUCUCGGGCUGCUAAGGAUUUCAACUCCUGACAUACAAAUAUCUCCAAAGAUAGAUACAAAGUUCUGGAGUAACUGAGUGGGUCAGGCAGCCUCCCUAGAGAAAAGGAAUAGUUGACGUUUUGGGUCGAGACCCUUCAUCGGAUUGAAAUAUCUCCACAGGGUAUGAUACACUGACAGACAAUAGACAAUAGGGGCAGGAG